AACCUUAAAAAGUUAAUGGCUCCUUACUCCAUUUGUUGGCAUGAUGGGUUCAUCGUUUCAGGGAGCGUGAGGCAGGCGACCAAUCAAAUUGUGAUGAAUUGUGCUGAUAUUGACAUUAUUACAGCUUCAUACGCACCAGAAGGAGAUGAAGAAAUACAUGCCACGGGGUUUAAUUAUCAGAAUGAAGAUGAAAAAGUCACCUUGUCUUUUCCUAGCACUCUCCAAACAGGCACAGGAACCUUAAAGAUAGAUUUUGUUGGAGAGCUGAAUGACAAAAUGAAAGGUUUCUAUAGAAGUAAAUACACCACCCCUUCUGGAGAGGUGCGCUACGCUGCGGUGACACAGUUCGAGGCUACUGAUGCCCGGAGGGCUUUUCCUUGCUGGGAUGAACCGGCCAUCAAAGCAACAUUUGAUAUCUCAUUGGUUGUUCCUAAAGACAGAGUAGCUUUAUCGAACAUGAAUGUAAUUGACCGGAAACCAUACCCAGAUGAUGAAAAUUUAGUGGAAGUGAAGUUCGCCCGCACCCCUGUUAUGUCUACAUAUUUGGUGGCAUUUGUUGUGGGUGAAUAUGACUUUGUAGAAACAAGGUCAAAAGAUGGUGUGUGUGUCCGUGUUUACACCCCUGUUGGCAAAGCAGAGCAAGGAAAGUUUGCGUUAGAGGUUGCUGCUAAAACCUUGCCUUUUUAUAAGGAUUACUUCAAUGUUCCUUAUCCUCUACCUAAAAUCGAUCUCAUUGCCAUUGCGGACUUUGCAGCUGGUGCCAUGGAGAACUGGGGCCUUGUUACAUACAGGGAGACUGCAUUGCUUAUUGAUCCAAAAAAUUCCUGUUCUUCAUCACGCCAGUGGGUUGCUCUGGUUGUGGGACAUGAACUCGCCCAUCAAUGGUUUGGAAAUCUUGUUACUAUGGAAUGGUGGACUCAUCUUUGGUUAAAUGAAGGCUUCGCCUCCUGGAUUGAGUACCUGUGUGUAGACCACUGCUUUCCAGAGUAUGACAUCUGGACUCAGUUCGUUUCUGCUGAUUACACCCGGGCCCAGGAGCUGGACGCCCUAGAUAACAGCCAUCCUAUUGAAGUCAGUGUGGGCCACCCGUCUGAGGUUGAUGAGAUCUUUGAUGCGAUAUCGUAUAGCAAAGGAGCAUCUGUCAUCCGAAUGCUACAUGACUACAUUGGGGAUAAGGACUUUAAGAAAGGAAUGAACAUGUAUCUAACCAAGUUCCAGCAGAAGAAUGCUGCCACAGAGGAUCUUUGGGAAAGUUUAGAGAACGCUAGUGGUAAACCUAUAGCAGCUGUGAUGAGCACCUGGACCAGGCAGAUGGGAUUCCCUCUCAUUUACGUGGAGGCCGAACAGGUAGAAGAUGACAGAUUACUGCGGUUUUCCCAAAAGAAGUUCUGUGCCAGUGGACCGUAUGUCGGAGAAGACUGUCCUCAGUGGAUGGUUCCCAUCACAAUCUCUACUAGCGAAGAUCCCCACCAGGCCAAACUAAAAAUCCUGAUGGAUAAACCAGAGAUGAGUGUGGUAUUGAAAAACAUCAAACCAGACCAGUGGGUGAAGUUAAACCUCGGAACGGUUGGGUUCUACCGGACCCAGUAUAGCUCCGCCAUGCUGGAAAGCUUGUUACCAGGCAUUCGGGACCUUUCCCUGCCCCCCGUGGACCGUCUGGGGUUACAGAACGACCUCUUCUCCUUGGCUCGAGCUGGAAUCAUUAGCACUGUAGAGGUUCUAAAAGUCAUGGAGGCUUUUGUGAAUGAGCCCAAUUAUACUGUGUGGAGCGACCUGAGCUGUAACCUGGGGAUUCUCUCAACCCUCUUGUCCCACACAGACUUCUAUGAGGAAAUCCAGGAGUUUGUGAAAGACGUCUUUUCACCUAUAGGGGAGAGACUGGGCUGGGACCCCAAGCCUGGAGAAGGUCAUCUAGAUGCACUCCUAAGGGGCUUGGUUCUGGGAAAACUAGGAAAAGCAGGACAUAAGGCGACGUUAGAAGAAGCCCGACGGCGGUUUAAGGACCAUGUGGAAGGAAAACAGGUUCUCUCUGCCGAUCUGAGGAGUCCUGUUUAUCUGACUGUUUUGAAGCAUGGUGACGGAGCUACCUUAGAUGUCAUGCUGAAGCUUCACAAACAAGCAGAUAUGCAAGAAGAGAAAAACCGCAUUGAAAGAGUCCUCGGGGCUACUCUUAUGCCUGAACUGAUCCAAAAAGUCCUCACGUUUGCACUUUCAGAAGAGGUACGUCCACAGGACACCGUGUCAGUAAUCGGUGGAGUCGCUGGAGGCAGCAAGCACGGGAGGAAAGCUGCUUGGAAAUUCAUUAAGGACAAUUGGGAAGAACUUUAUAAUCGAUACCAAGGAGGAUUCUUAAUAUCCAGGCUAAUAAAGCUAUCAGUGGAAGGAUUUGCAGUGGAUAAAAUGGCCGGCGAGGUUAAGACAAGAGGUGGCUUAGAUUGCGAUCUUCAGCGUCUGGGGAAUUCAGAGUUGGGAUCCUCUUCGAGGGUGUUGAAAUUUGGUUGGAAAAAUGAAGCCUUAAGUGAGCUGCCCCGCGUGUGGCUCUGCCCGGCCCCGCCCUGCAGUCCGGAAGGCGGUUGUCUGGACUGA